AUGUGGCUCUUGAUUUUCUUAGCGUGGUUGGUUAUAUGGGCAGGUGGUACGUAUUGGUAUCUGUUUGGGAAACCAAGCCCUUUCUCACUGGAGUCAGUGAGACCGCCUGGACCUCGUGAGUAUGACCAGAAGAAGCGGGACAAAGUCAUCAAGCAAGGUUUCAGCCUGGACAAGGUGCCCCAGAACCUGGAUGUCAUUGUCAUCGGUAGUGGUAUCGGUGGGCUGACAGUUGGAGCCACACUGGCCAAAGCAGGGAAGAGAGUCCUGGUCCUGGAGCAACAUGACCAGGCAGGAGGCUGCUGCCACACCUACGUAGAGAAAGGCUUCGAGUUUGAUGUUGGUCUUCACUACAUUGGUCAGCUCCAUGAAAACAGUCUGUUGCGGAUCAGCUUCGACCAGAUUUCUGAGGGCCAGCUGGAGUUCCAGCAGUUGAAUCAACAUUUUGACACCAUUCAUAUCGGCACGGGCGAUGAGAAGCGGGAGUACACCAUCUUCUCUGGUAAAACCGAUAUGAAAGCCCACCUGAUGAAGCAAUUCCCCGAUGACACAGAGGCCAUUGAGACAUUCUUCAAAAUCAUGAAGAUCUCGGCUAAGAAGACCCACUACCUGGCAACUCUAAAGCUGAUCCCACAGUGGGUGUCAUUAUUCUUGUUGAAGUCAGGCAUUGCAGACCUGGUCUCCCCGGUUUUCCGCCUCUCAGGAACAAGCGCCACAGAAUAUGUAAAUACCCUGACCACCAACAAGGAUCUCCACGUCAUCUUUUCUUACCUCUUCUAUGGUGUGCCGCCAAAGGACUCCAGUGUAUUGAUCAAUUCUCUCCUGAUUCAUCACUACAAACGAGGUGCCUACUACCCUAAAGGCGGUGCCAGUGAGAUAGCUUUCCACAUCAUCCGUACCAUUCAGAAAUAUGGAGGAAACUGCCUGGUCAGAGCUCCUGUCUCCCAAAUCCUGGUCAAUGACAAAGGAGCAGCUUAUGGUGUGACGGUGAGGAAAGGUCAGGAGGAAGUGAACAUUCAUGCACCGGUGGUCAUCUCAAACUGUGGCAUCUUCACCACUUUCCAGAAACUUCUUCCCCCUGAGAUUCGAGUCAAGCCAGAUAUUCAGGAAAGGCUGGAUAUGAUGAAACAUGGCAGAGGAUCAUUUUUGGUCUUCUCUGGCUUUGAUGGAACUCAAGAGGAGUUGGGCCUUGAGUCCACCAACUUCUGGCUGUUCAAAAACAACGAUAUGGACAAAUCGAUGGACGACUUCUUUGCAUUGGGCAAAGAGGAAGCACCAGAUAACAUUCCCAUGAUGUUUAUCACAAUGCCAUCUGCCAAAGAUCCAGAAGCCAAAAAAAGACACCCUGGAAAAUCUUGCAUGACAAUACUGACAAUGGUGAACUAUGAAUGGUUUGAGGAAUGGAAGGACACCACUGUCCGCAAGAGGGGUGAUGAAUACUACAACUAUAAAAUGAGAUUUGCCAACAACCUCUUUGACUGGGCCUGCACUUUAUUCCCUAAAAUCAAAGACAAGCUUGUUUUCCAGGAUGUGGCGACUCCACUGACCAACAUGCACUACCUGGGUGCGCAGCGGGGUGCCAUGUACUCUGCUGAGCACAACCUGGAUCGUUUCCAUGCCGAGGCCGUGGCAAGAAACAGGUGCAACACCCCUGUCAAAAACCUCUACAUCUCAGGCCAAGACGUGUUCAGCAAUGGGAUAGCAGGAGCUCUACACGGUGGACUCCUCUGUGCCUCUACAGUGUUAGAUCACAUUGUCUACAUCGACUUGCUCCUCCUCAAGAAGAAGCUGAAGAGGGCGAAAGCCAGAGAGCUGGCCCAGCUCGCUAAAAAGAAACUACAGUGA